AUUUUUAUUCCCACGCCAAUAAUUAAUUCAAAACCAAACUAACCAUAUAAUCUUCAUUAUCAUCUUCUUCACCCACCAAGCUUCCUCAAUCUGACUGAGAAUUGGAGGAAGCAUGGCUUCACCUGCGCUAACUCCUCACCUCCUCCCCCUCCACCAUCGGAAGCCGGCCGAGAAAUCCUUCAGAACUCGUGUUGUCAAGUCAUCUUCCAGCGUGCAGCAAGUCGAAAAAACGCCGUCGGAUGGCAGGGCGGAGCUCUUGAGGAGCUGGGAAAGCAUACCUCUGCCGCCGCUGCAGGCAGCCAAGAGAGUGGUGCUGGUCAGGCACGGGCAGAGCACGUGGAAUGCCGAGGGUCGGAUCCAAGGUAGCUCCGAUAUCUCUGUGCUCACUAGCAAAGGGGAGUCUCAGGCGGAGACCUCGCGCCAAAUGCUUCUUGAUGAUUCAUUCGAUGUUUGCUUCUCCAGCCCACUAAUCAGAUCAAAGAGGACGGCCGAGAUCAUAUGGGGUUCUCGCAAUGAGGAGAUUAUAACGGAACCUGAACUGAGGGAAAUCGAUCUCUAUUCCUUCCAAGGCCUCCUAAAGAAUGAAGGAAAAGAAAGAUUCGGUGCGGCUUAUCGCAAAUGGCAAAUAGAUGCAAAGAACUUCAACAUUGAUGGCCAUUAUCCUGUCAGGGAAUUGUGGACAAGAGCUAGAAGCUCUUGGAAGAAAAUCCUUACCCAUGAAGGCAGAUCAAUACUUGUAGUUGCUCAUAAUGCCGUAAACCAGGCACUUGUUGCCACCGCAAUCGGGCUAGGCACUGAGUACUUCAGGAUUCUACUUCAGAGCAACUGUGGUGUAAGUGUGCUGGAUUUCACUCCAAACCCUGAAGGGGGAUCUCCAGAAAUAUGCUUGAAUCGUCUUAACCAGACCCCGGGUUCACCUGUAGCUUCUGGAAGUUCUGGAGGAAGAAAAGCCAGUAUGCGGAUUAUACUUGUUUGUCAGGGGUUCAGUCCUAAUGAUGUAGAGCAGAGCAGCAAUCCUUUCACUAGGAAUGGCCAGAUGAACAUGCUUGGCAUAAUACAAGCACAGAAAACUGCUGAGCUGCUUCUCGAUGUCAAUGUGGGAACAAUAGUCAGCAGCAAUGCAAUAGCAUCAGUCGACACAGCAGAUACAAUAUGCAAGAUCCAAGAAGCCGCAGAUUGCUUGGCAGAUGAUUGCAUUGCGCGCUAUGUGGAAGUGAAGAGGAUACCAGAGCUGGAUGUUGAUAACAUCCUCAAUCAAACAAAGAAAGACUUGCGACUGGCAUCAGGUUGGUUAAAGGAGUAUGAAGAGGAAGUAAUGAUGGCAUUGUGGGAUCGGGCAGGUGUGGCCUGGAAAUAUCUGCUGCAGGAGCUCUCGAAAGAGGAGGCAGGGGAGAAUGUAGUUGUUGCAGUUGGAAGUCCAGCGAUGCACAUUGCCAUGAUGGGGCACUGCCUGAACCUUACCAAGGAAUGGCUAGGAUCAUUCCAUCUGGAUGCUGGCAGCAUCAGUGUGAUUGAUUUCCCGGAUGGACCAGGUGGGAGGGGUGCAAUCCGGUGCAUCAACUAUACGGCGCAUCUGGGGAGGUGGUCCAUUCCCAUCACCAGAUCCACAGCGGAUGAGGAGGACUUCUGAGCUGGGAUUAUCUCUAUCUACCUGUGGCUGGAUGUCUUCCAACCAAUACUAAGGUUUGUUCAUGUUCUUAGUUUAAUACUUUAUGCUGGCUGCUUAUAAAAAUCAUAUUUAGUACUAUCAAAUAUAGACCAGGAAAAAGAUUGUUGGAACUGCUGCUAAUUUAUGAGUAUUUUGAAGAUGUAAAGUUUGAACAAAAUUAAAAUUCGCAAAAUACCACUUAAUGUUUCUUUCAAGGGAAACUAUGGCUUUUCAUUUUGUAAAAAUAGCCUGAAUUGUUGGGCAGGUCUAAUAAUUGAGAAGGCAAUUAAUUUUAGGUUCAUAGUCAUUCCAUGGAAAGCAAAAAGAGAUCUUAUUGCUUUUUGCUUAUGUUUGUUGAUUGGUCUUGUUAUUGUUGAAAAAUAUGGAUGAUUGUAUUAUUUUGUGUAUUGGAUUCGUGAGGUUUCAUUGCAAACUAUUUCUUGUCAUGUUAUAUAUAUGUGACUUUUAUC